AUGUCGGGAUUACCAGUUCAAGUUAAAAACUUUUUAGCAGAAAUUGACAAAGUAUGUGUUACAUCCCUUAACUGAUGAUGACGAUGGUGGUGGUGAAAAUAAAGAGGCAAAGGGAGAGGACCCUUGGGACACGGGGAAAAAAAAUGAUUGGUUCCACUACUGAGAAAUGAUAUGUUUACUAACUGAAAUGAAUGUAGAGCACCAGUGGAAUUGGUCCAUUGACCCAUUUUGAAAAGCAAACUGGCUUGCCAAGGUCCUAUGCCGUCUUGGGUUUUGUUGCCGUUUACUUUAUCUUGAUCUUUUUAAACUUUGGCGGAAUUGGUCAAUUGUUGUCAAACAUUGCUGGUUUUCUUGUUCCAGGCUACUACUCGAUCUUGGCCUUGCAAACCCCUGACGCGAAAGACGAUACUGAAAUUUUGACCUACUGGGUUGUUUUUGCCUUUUUGAACGUGAUUGAGUUUUGGUCCAAGGCCAUCUUGUACUGGAUUCCAUUCUACUACUUGUUCAAGACCAUCUUUUUGUUGUACAUUGGAGUUCCAGUCACUGGUGGCGCACAAACUAUUUACAAAACCGUGAUCAAGCCAAUCACCGAUCAAUACGUUCGUCCAAUCGAUGCCAAAAUUGGUACUACCUUAGGCGGCUACACCUCGUCAUCCUCUGGUCAAAACAGAUUUGCUGACAGGCUCCACGACUCUGCUGAGGGUGUUUCAACUUCGGUCCACAUCUAA